GUACCCUUCUUGUUUACAUUAGUGAAAACUAUUAAAAAAUUGAAAUUAAUUGGAAUUUAAAUAAUUUAAGCGAUGCGGCUCACUAGAUUACUGUUUGUGCAAUUUCGUAGAGGUAAUAAGACAGCUAGGGCACCUCAGGAUUUAAAGAAACUUCCAUUCAAAUCAAUAUUACCAUUAAAUUUGAGAGAAAGAGUUUCAGGCAAAGUUGAUUCAGUGGAACAAGUGCCAUGUUUGCAUGAGCUUAGUGUUCUGUUUGCAGCUAUGAAGGAUCAUGAAUUUGAUGAAAAGCUCUGUAAAAAGGAAAUUGAAAAAUUACAGAAAGCCCACGAAAUAUCCGAAAAAAUGCAGAAGGAAGAGAAAUUAAGGAACUCUGGAGAGUCUGUGUCUACAGGAAGAAAGUUGACAUCAAUACAACUUAAUAAAUAUUUGAAAAGAUUUCCAUUGAAAGUUUCUUCUUAAGAAUCACAAUGUAGGACAUAGAUUAAGAACAUUAAAAUAUGAUUUAGAUGAAC